CCAAGGUGAGAUUAGUGCGAAUAUAAGAAGUGCCAUGAUCGCUGCUACAGUCGAUUGUUGAGUCAAUGUCACGGGCAAGGUCUUGAUCAGUUUGAUUCGAAUCAGUUGGAUCACUUGAGUCUCGUCUUAGCGACCAAGAAGUUCUGUUCUAGUUCUAGUUUUUCUUACGUAUCUGCAUCCUAGUUAUCUUGCCGUUAAUAGCGCGACUGGAACAUACAAUCGGCGUGAAAGAGGUGGAUCUUCGGAAUAGUUUUGUGAUACGCGUAAUUGCAUAUUUUUAAGUGUACUGGAACCACCCUGAUGAAGUGAGGAAUACGCAAAACCUAUCGUGGUACUCUGCAAUUUAAUCAGAUUAGUCUUUCAUCUAUCCGUGGAAACAUUUAUCUUGAAGACUAUGCUAAGGACUAAAUUAAAGUGUUUGUGGUUAUUUUUAUGCCUGUUCUUGGUAACCAGUCACGCGGAAAAUGUUACGAGGAAUUCAGUGGAUCCAGUCCGGCAGCAGAAGACAUUCGAUGACGAUGAUACUGUUGUAAUUGAAGCUGCCCCGCUCGAAAGAAAACGCAUCGGACGACAAAUUGAUUUCUAUCAAGGAUCAUGGGCCCAAGCGCUGGGCGAAGGGUCUGCUUGUCUUUCCUCCAUUGGACUACUAGGAUCAUGCAUGUCUUUCCAUAAUUGCUACCCUUACUACAAGUUUCCAUUCCUCGGUCUUUAUGACCCAUUCCUUGGAAGCUAUGACCAAUGUACUUAUGUAUCAGGAACUGGCCAGCAGGAAUUCGGAAUUUGUUGUACAAAUCAACUGGGAGGUGUGCCCACAUUGCCUGUUGAACAGCCGCAAGUUCCGGAAAUACCACAAGUACCUGUACAAUUGCCUACACCUCAACCAGUCGUUGACAUAGGACAACCAAAGCCGCCAAUUGGGGUAAAUGUAACGGAUGAACAAGACAGCAAGUUGGAGCCUUGGCCUCCGCAAUCUCCUACACAUCCGCCCACUGUGUCGACUACCACCUUGCAAUGGCCACCACCAAUACCUACACAUCCUCCAGAUCAUCAAGCUCCUACACAUCCAGCAUUCCCAUCAUGGCCACCACAAUCACCUACUCAUCCACCCUUUGCAGGCCAUCCGAGCUUCCCCAGCUAUCCAACACAUCCUAGUUUUCCUACUCAUCCGGCUGCCUUCCCUGGACAUCCUAGCUUCCCGACACAUCCCCCAAGCAUACCGCCUAGUCACCCCAGUUUUCCACCUAGUCAAUCGCCAAUCUAUCCCAGUUUCCCCGGUUGGCCACCAACGACUCCACAAAGACCACCAUCAACAACACGACCUCCAGUAUCAUGGCCACCGACCACCAAGCCACCAUCAUGGCCUCCAACCACGAAACCACCAUCGUGGCCUCCGACUACAAAACCUCCUCCAUCAUGGCCCCCAACUACUAAGCCACCAGCAUCGUGGCCACCAACUACUAAGCCACCACCAUCUUGGCCACCAACUACUAAGCCACCACCAUCUCGACCACCAACUACGAAACCCCCAGUCUCCCGACCUCCAGAUUCCGGAUUCCAAGCUCAAUGCGGGGCUAAGAAUGGAGUAUUGGACCAAGAAAGAAUUGUUGGUGGACAGAGCGCCAGUCCUAACGAAUGGCCCUGGAUCGUAGUCUUAUUCAACAAUGGACGACAAUUUUGCGGUGGAUCGCUCUUGGACAAUAUCCAUAUCCUAACAGCAGCGCAUUGUGUAGCACACAUGAGUUCCUGGGACGUAGCCCGACUGAAGGCCCACUUAGGUGACCACAACAUCAAAUCAGCCACCGAAGUUCAGCAUGUUGAGCGUGCUAUAAAACGAGUGGUUAGACAUCGUGGAUUCGAUUCAAGGACACUGUACAAUGAUGUCGCUAUUUUGACUAUGGAUCGACCAGUCGAAUUUACGCAAAAUAUAAGACCCAUAUGUUUGCCCACAGGCCAAUCGGAUUACACUGGCAAAGUUGCCACAGUCAUUGGCUGGGGAAGUUUAAGAGAAAACGGUCAACAACCAUCAAUCCUUCAAAAGGUAUCUAUCCCAAUCUGGAGAAAUCAAGAUUGCUCACUAAAAUACGGAGCCGCUGCACCAGGAGGUAUUAUCGAAACAAUGUUGUGCGCCGGACAAAAUGCAAAGGAUUCAUGUAGCGGUGAUUCCGGUGGUCCUCUUAUGGUAAACGAAGGACGUUGGGUACAAGUUGGUAUUGUUUCAUGGGGUAUUGGUUGCGGUAAAGGACAAUAUCCAGGAGUAUAUAGUCGUGUAACACAUUUCUUGCCAUGGAUACGAAAAAAUCUCGAAGGAAAUAAUUAAUAAUGAAAAUAAUAAACUAUCCUUGUACGAACCAAUUGUAUGAUUUGAGUUUUUUAUUAAAUGACGGAUUUGCUCUUGUUGUUUUUUAUAAUUAUAAAAUAUUGUGUAGACAAUGAUGAAUGUGUAUAUGAACACGAACUAAAACAAUGCCAUAAACUGUUAGAAUUAA